CUAUAAAUGAUGCGUUCGAUUGUGUUUUUGGUAUCAGUAUUCGUACAGCUCUUCUAUCAACACAACAUCCAACCAAUCCACUCAAAAUGAAGUUCUUCAUUGCAAUCAUGGCUGUGGCGUUCGUCGCUGCCUCGGAGGCGUCCUACCUGCCAUACGAUGAUGUCCUGUCCUACCAGCACGGCUACGGCUAUGGACUUCCGGUGUCGAAGGUGGUCUAUGGCUCGUCGUACGAUCUCCCAGCAGCGGUGGACAAGUACUCCUACCCAUCAUCGUUGUACGGUUCCUAUCCGGCCGUGAAGAAAGUGGUCGAAUACCCGUCGGUUGCUCCAGUGCUGGCCACCAAGGUCGUUGAUAACAGCUACGAUCUGGGAUACAACAAGCUGGUCGCUCCAGUGCUGAGCAGCGGAUACGGUCUGGGAUACAACAAGCUGGUCGCUCCCGUCGUCGCCACCAAAGUCGUCGAUAAUGGACUGUGGAACUAUGGAGGAUACGGUCUGGGAUACAACAAGUAUCUGUCGACUGCUCCCGUUGCCAAAUACGUGUUGUAAAUGUAGAUAAUAUUGUUUUAAUAAACCGGCUCCGAUUCAUGACGUGUGAAUGUUAACCCAA